CGUGUGUUUACAUUCCGUUCGACUGUGCUUUUAUGUACGCGUGAGUCACGUAUAUUCGUGUUUGCAUGAGAUCAUCUUUGUUUCUAGUUAGUGGACUUAAGUCAUGCAGAAAGUUCAUAACAUGCAGCAGGAGCUGGAGGAAACUGUCAAGGAGUUCCACAGGAUCCAAGAGACUAGACAACAAUACUUGCAGAAAUGUAACAAGGAAAUCCUUAGUGUUUUGAAGCAGUUCUUAAAUGAGAAGUUCAGAAUUGAGUUGCAGGAACACUUUGAAUGCAGAAAUGAAAGUCUUGAAGAUAUUGUCAAGUUUAUAGAUAACACUAUAAUUUCUGCAUGUGAUGCCCAUGAAGACAUUGUCAAUUUUAGGCACCAAGUUAUUGAUAUAUUCAAUGAAGGAAUCUCACCAGAAUUAGCAGCAGACAGCUCAGAUGCUUUGGCCAAUAAUGAUGAAAAACAGGUUGCAGGCCGAGGCAUGAGAGACUUCCACAAGUUAUCAUGUGAAACAAAGGAGCAGGUGAUGUUGAUCAAUAACCAACAAGAAUUAUAUGAAAUGUUCAUGAAUGAGAUUGAAGAAAUGGUUCUGAGAAAGGUGAACCAAAUAUUGUGUGAAAUGGAUACAAGUAUGCAAGAAAAACACAAAGAAGAAAAGGAGAAUGUAGAUGCCCUUGCUACAGAAAUUACCACAGAGAUAGAGAAAAAUGUUCGACUGCAGGGUACAUUGCAGAUAAUACAAAGUCAAAUGGAUUCACUAUCAGAGCGCCUGCAAGCACCUAUAUAGUUAAAAGUCGGGGUUCCUUCCAGUCAACAAGAGAGGAAUGAAUGUGUAGUAUUCUUUGACAAGAAUUUGUGUGGUUUAUUUUUGAAGUUGCAUUUACCAAUGGAAUUUUUUUUUUUUUUUUGCUAUACCUUUUCAUCCUUCUGACAUUACCCACAACCUUUUCUGUGCAAACUUUAAUUUUUGUCUUACAUCGGACACAGAAUGGCAUUUCUUUUAUGAAGUUAUUUCAGUUGGCAUACAAAAUAUACAUUACAUUAAUCUGAUAUUUUCAGUAUAUUAAGUAUUUUUACUGACAUUUGAGUGACUGCUUUAUGUUCAGUGGUAUUGUAUUCUGAUGAUAUUUUUAUAUUCUGACCAUAGAAAGAUUAGAAUGGUGGCUUUAUUAUAUUGAAUAUGGCUGAAGUCGUCCAUUGUUUUGAUUGUUUUUUCUUUCAGAAUACUAUGUAAUGCGCAUAAUACUUAAAAAUGGUAUUUGGUUUUGAUUGCUGUUGCAUCUUAAGUCAGUUCAUGCUGAAGUAGAAAAGUCUCAAGAAGCAGCUAAGACAACUUGUAGAGGAAUAUGAAGUAUUGAUGUUAAA